AUGGAGGGAGUCGGAGCGCGACUGGGACGUUCGUCCACUCGAUACGGACCGACCACGGUGUUUACCGGUCCUGUCCGGCGGUGGAAGAAGAGAUGGGUGCAAGUUUUGCCGUCGUCGAAUAAUAAUAAUUCUGCCCACCACAACGGUGGUCAGUUUCAUUCCAAUCUCAAUUCCAACGGUACCGCCACCGCUCCCGGCGCAGCUAAUGGUAAUCACAGUAGUUCGCAUGUCUUGCUUUACAAGUGGACUCCUUUAACCCAAUCCAAUAACAGCAACACCACCUCCAGCAAUAAGGAGAGCGGCGGCGUUGCUGUUGCCACCGACGAUGCGCCCGAGGAACCCCAAAGGCGUAAAUGCAAAUACAUCCCGGUGGCUUUGUUAGAGGCGCAGAGAUUAGAGGCUGAUGAAGAAAUGAUUGAUAGUGAAGUUAAACCAAGCGACGGCGAUGGAAUUGCCGAUGACCCAGUUUCUACAUCUGCUGGGGUUGAUGAAAAACCUGAUAUUAAUGAGUCUCCAAAAGAAAGCCAGGAUGAUGAACAGGUGGUACGGCAAGACCUCAAUGAGAGUACCUUAGAUUUGUGCUUAGGAUUGAACUCGCAUGAUCAUGAUUCUGAAUCAAAACCUGAGGAGCUUGGUGAAACAAAAUCCGUUCAGGUUGAUGAUUCGGUUCCUUCUUGA